AUGGCCGCCUUGCCGCAGCUGCUUCUGACCCUCUUCCCCGCGGCGGUUGCCGUCCUGAUCCUGCUGCUGGCCUCGGCGCCGGCCGCGCGGGCCUCGUCGGCGACGUACCGCUGCGGCUGGUGCCCGCGCAGGUCCACCGCGUCCAUCCUCCCUCCCGACGCCGGCGCGCUCACCGGGGCCGCGUGCGGGUACGGUGGCCCGGCGGCGGCGGAGACGGCCGUCGACGAGGGCUUCCACAUUGCCGCCGUCAGCGCCGGUUUCUUCCGCGGCGGCCGGACAUGCGGCGCCUGCUACCAGCUGAGGUGCAGGGGCCGGAGCGCGUGCGCGAAGGAUGGCGUCAAGGUCGUCGUCGUAGGCGAAGUGCCGGACACGAACAAGACAGCAGCUGGCCGCUUUCUGCUCACCAAGGACGCCUUUGCCGCCAUGGCCACGCCAGACCGUGGCGCCGAGCUCGCGGACGCGGCCCUCGACGUGGACUUCAGGAGGAUUCCCUGCGUGUACAAGAGCAAGAACCUGGCCGUUAAAGUAGAGGAGACGAGCAGCAGGGACCAGGGCUACCUCGCCCUCCGCUUCCUCUACCAGGGCGGCCAGACCGACAUCGCCGCCGUCGAGGUCGCGCAGGCGGUCACCGGUUCUAGCUGCACCAACAGCGACGCAGCACCGUUGCCAACAUCAUGGCAGUACAUGACCCGGCGCGAGGCGUCCCCCUCGGUGUGGCGCACGUCGCGCGUGCCGGCCGGUCCGCUGCAGCUCCGGCUCGUGGUCACCGCGGGCUCCGGCGGCAAGUGGCUGCGCGCCGACUGGGCGGUGCUCCCCGCUGAGUGGCAGCCCGGCGAGGUCUACGACACCGGUCUGCGCGUCACCGACGUCGCCGCAAACACCUGCGGCGGCGCCUCCUGCUCGGCCACGGACGAGGGCGACGACGCCGAGCAGCUCCGAUGA